GUCGUUUAAAUUUUCUACCACGUGAGAGCGCUGAUUGCGACAUCGCGCUGCACUGCCAUCUACGUUAUUUUAAAGAUGGUGGCUAGUCGUUAUGAGUUAUAGUAAUUUUACUAAAUGUACGGCUACGUAUGUAUAUAAUUUAAUAUAUAUUAUUGCUGAAGAGUAUUGAAUUUGUAGGUAACUUUGUGUAAGGAGAUGAUAAUCCAGGAGCCAGUGCAGGCUGCUAUAUGGCAUUGCUUGAAUCAUUAUGACUUCUCUGAUGCCAUUUUUCUGGCGGAAAGGUUAUGUGCCGAAGUGGAGUCUGAUGAAACAUUGUUCCUGUUAGCAACAUGCUAUUACCGGUCUGGGAAGACCUGGCAAGCUUAUUGUGUUCUGCGAAAAAAGGGUUCCAACUCACCUCAGUGCCGUUAUCUUAUGGCAAAAUGUUGUCUAGAAUUACAAAGGUUAGCAGAAGCAGAAAAUGUACUUUUGGGAGCAGAUCCAGUUAAAUCUAGAGGUUUAGAUGACCUAGUAUCAGAGUUCGGUGAUCAGGCAUGUUUUGCACUUCAGAUUCUAGCUCGCAUUUGUAUGCAAACAGAGCGAGGUCCAAAGGCGUCAGAAGCCCUUCGCAGAGCUCUGAAACUUAAUCCUUUUUUGUGGCAUGCUUUCGAGGAUUUGUGUAAUCGUGGCGAGAAGCCAGAUCCUCUACGGACGUUCCAAGUGUCAAAUCUUGAAAAUUUCUCUAAUUGUCAUGGCAGUAAUCCCGUAGUGAAUUUUAUUAAUAGUUGUGAUCAACCUAGUUCAUGUACAACUUCUACAACUACAUCUCUUAGUGAGCCUGCAUUUACCAUUAGCAGUACACCUAUACAGACUGUGGGUUGUGUAAGUGCAGCAAUUCCCAAUGCUCCAAAUAUGAAAUUCUUCACACCUGAUGAGAGUCCUUUGGCAAGGCCAUUGUGUGGAGCUGGUCUUUCGGGUAUUUCCGUUCUUGCUCCUACAAGAAUCAAGCCUCGUUUUCGAAAUAUGUUUGGUGGAGGUGGUUGUAUUACUCCAAUUAAUCCAAGUUUUGGUUUUCUACCGAUGGACACCCCAAAUUCAGGAGAUCCAACGCCAGUAGCUUUUUUGUCACCUACUCUCACUGAAUCCAAUGAUCAGCAGAAGAGCCUGGCUAAGAGGGUGAGCAACCUUCGUGCACAAGUGGGGUCAAGUAACACUAGUAAUACAUCAAAUAUAGUACCUUCUCAGAGCCCUACUACGCCUGCAGCUCCUUUGCAGCCAGGUCAGAACGUAAGACGAAGUUCACGUCUGUUCAGUAAUAGUUAUAAUGUAAAGGAAAAUAAUAAAAGUCCAAAUCGUAGUAAAUUUGCAACUCCUAAGUCUCCAUCUCGAAAAACAAAAUCACGAAUUGCAAAAACAAAUCUCAACAAAGCCAGUUUUACAGAUUUAAAUGAAAGAAAUCGAAACGAAAAGGAGAAAUCUGAAACAAUAACUUCUGCAGAUAGUAAGAUUAUAGGCAGUGGCAUGGUUAGUGUAAAUGGGGGUACUGCGUCUCAAAAUACUGUAGUGCAGGUUCUGCAACUGCAAAAGCAAUCUGCUGAAGGAUUGAUGUCAUUAUUGAGAGAUCUUGGAACUGCAUACCUCCAUUUAGCUCAAUUCAACUGUCGAAAAGCAGUUGAAUGUUUUAAUAACUUGCCACUACAACAUUAUAAUACUGGAUGGGUGCUGGCAUUAAUGGGCAGAGCACAUUAUGAGCUUAAUGAGUAUCAGCUAGCUGUAAAAUACUUUAAUGAAGUUAGAGAAAGAGAACCUCAUCGUAUGCAGUUAAUGGAACUUUACAGUACUUCAUUGUGGCAUCUGCAACGGGAAGUGGCACUAUCAGCAUUGGCUCAGGACCUUGUCUCACAAGAUCGAAAUUCUCCUGCAGCUUGGUGUGCAACAGGCAAUUGUUUUAGUCUUCAGAAAGAGCACGAUAGUGCUAUAAAGUUCUUCCAACGAGCUGUUCAGGUAGAUCCUUCCUUUGUUUAUGCAUACACGUUACUGGGACAUGAAUAUGUUACUACUGAAGAGUUAGACAAAGCUCUUAGUUGCUUUAGAAGUGCGAUAAGAAUUGAUUCUAGGCACUACAAUGCUUGGUAUGGCAUUGGAACAAUUUACUCCAAACAAGAGAGAUAUCUGUUGGCAGAGUUGCAUUUUAAGAAAUCAUUGUCAAUCAAUCCCCAGAGUGCUGUGCUAAUGUGCCACAUCGGUGUGGUUCAACAUGCACUUCAAAAAACUGAGAAAGCGUUGCAAACAUUAAAUGCUGCAAUUGCUACGGAUCCUAAAAAUGCACUCUGCAAAUUUCAUCGUGCUUCCAUUUAUUUCGCAGCUGGACGGCAUAAUGAUGCAUUGAAGGAGUUGGAAGAAUUAAAGGAAAUAGUACCCAAAGAGUCUCUAGUCUAUUAUCUUACUGGCAAAGUACAUAAAAAGUUAGGAAAUACACAUUUAGCAUUAAUGCACUUUAGUUGGGCCACAGACUUGGAUCCAAAAGGAGCCAACAGCCAAAUAAAAGAGGCUAUCGAUCCUGCUAUGAGUCGUAAUUUAGGAGAGGAAGAUCCAUCAGCAGCACAUCCAGGUGAAGAUUUUCCUAGUGAAGGCUGUUCAUCUCAUGUUCAUGAAUCCUCAUCGCAGGAAGGAGCUGAAUUUGUUACUCUUCAUGCUACAGACAGUGAUGAAAGUCUAUAGCUGCCUUUAGGGAAGAUGCAAUGCAAAACUUAUUGACAGGAAUUGAAAUACAUGUACAUACACUUCUGUUCCUUACAUUUAAAUUCUGUGCGUAGUGUUCAGGAGUCAACAUUAAAUGUUAGUGCAUUAUUUCACGUCCCAUCCUCCUGUAAAUAUGUUUUUAUUGCCCUUCGUUCUAUGUAACAGAAGCUUAAAAUUCAUUGUCUCUCCCAUCCAUUAAAAGGAUGUAGUGAUGUAUUACAUUUGAUGCGAGAUUUGCAUUGGGUAUCAUAUGAAACUUGUGAUUUUAUUUUUUUGCUGAUGGAUCAUUUCCAUUUAUAAUAUAUAUAUAUAUAUGUGUGUGUGAUUUAAGAGCGCAACGAAGGGACAUGCUCAGAGGCAGUAUUAACUGAUUUGUAAGUACCAAUUCUACAUGGCUAUGUUGUAAUUUGGUGGUAGUGAAAAAUGUGCUCUAUUUUGGAAACCUCAAAUUCUACAGUAUAUUAUUUUCUCGAAGAAUUUUGUUUUAUAUUUGAAUAUUCCUGUCGUUCAAUUACUACAGAAGUUUCAUCAGGUAUUAUUGUUUCAUUCUAUCAAUUUUGUAAAUGCCAUUGACCGUUCAGCUUGGACAAAGAACACAAAUGAGAGUCAAUCAGGUGUGUGUUUUGUAAAUACAAAGUGUGAAUAUAUGGAGUCCCAGAUGUGAUGUUAUUCUGUGCAUGCUUUGUACAUACAUUGCUUUUGCAAGUUGGUGCUAUUUCAUGAGAGUUCUACAUGAUUUUGUUUAAGAUAUUCUAGAAAGUAGUUGCAUGUUACAAAAUCACUCGCAUUGUGUGUAAUUGUUUGUAUGAAAAUGGACAAUAUUAUUGUUCUUUUUUUGGCGUUAUUAAAGAUAGAACCCAUUUUCAGCAGCUUUGUGGCAUGCCUGAGAAAUAUGCCAAUUUUAUUUCUUAACAUCAUUAUUGAAUUAACCCAACCAGAUUCGAUAUCAUGACACAAUGUUCUUAUGAUAUUAUUUUGUGAAAAAUCUUUUAUUAUUAUAGUAGACUUCCUAACUUACUUUUGGCAAUAAAGAAAAUUAUCUGAAUACUGUUUUGCGAGAUAUUGAUUUUGAGAUGCUACAUCAUGUCGAAAUAUGUCUGUUAUGCUAUAUUUGACUUUCAUUUUUGUUCGCAGCUGAAUAUUAAAGUUUUAUUUUAAAGAAUUAACAUGUGGCAUUCAUCAAAUCAGUUACUGCAACCUGUUUUGUUGGUAUAUAUUCAAAUAGUUUAAUUAUGUUGCUGUGAGAAUACCUGAUAUUUGUGAUUAAUUACAUUUUCUUAUCUAAGUUACAACAAUGUAAUAAUCUAUUUUUGGAGGUAUUUUUUAUUUACUUUCUCUUUAAAUAUUUUGUGUUUAGGGAACUUAGGAAUAUUUUCACCACACGAAUGAAAGUUUUCAAAAUGUUUUUGUUAAGUUAUUUCUAUUUAUUAAGUGAAAUGUCAUUAUUUGUGUGCUUGGGCUCUCCAUUAUGUUGAAAACAAAACUUGGCCACUUGCAAAAUCUAUUUCCUGUAGGAAGCCAUGUAUGGUAUUUUGUCUGUGGUGUAUUGGUUGAAUAUAUUGAUUUGUUUAUACAUGUAAAAAAUACAUAUAUCGGUGUACAUAAUAUGCAUGCAUGAGUGAGACGGGGUUCUUUCCCUACGUGAUGUUCAAUCGGGCAGUUGAUGUAUAUAUUCGUGAAAUGUGCGUUUACUUAUAUUCACUAGCUUUUAUCUGUGGCUAGAACUACAAUAUGUGUAUUUAGCUCGUAAAAAUCAUCAAAAUAUUGUAAAAAGAAAUACCUCCUUAUGUAUUAAAAAAUUUAAAAUUUAAAGGUGUUUUAUUUCUGGUUACAUGAAUGUUUUUAU